UAGUGUCGCCACUUCGCCUCAGCUAACAGACGCCAGCACCCGCACAGUCUGUGCACAUCCCGGAUCCUCACCAAAUUCGAUUUAACUGAGAACUCAGCCAUCAUAACCUCUGUCCGUAUACACCACAGCAAUAAGCAUGUCUGCUCAGCCCAGUGAGGAGAUAGGACCUGAAGGGAGGUGGUUUGGGGAUGACUUUGGGGAGAACGGCCUGUCCGGGAACGCUCAGAGCCGGUUUGACGGUCUACAUGAUGAGUUUAAACCUAAAGGCAACGUGAAGACAGGAGACCUGGACCAACCAUUUCGAUCUUCUCCGGACGAGGGGAAAAGGCCUGUCGUUGCUAUGGAAACUGCAUCUACAGAUGAUAUGAUGUCCGGAUUUUUCAAGAAGGAUUUGACUGAUGAUGAUGGAGAUGUGUACACCUCCCUGAUGUCCACUCAGAGUUACACGUCCAGCUAUGACUCCUCCUAUGUGACUGAGACCACCAAGACCUCCUCCACGGACUACAGCUUCAGUACAAAGAAGGAUCUGCUAGAUGACAUGUCCAAAUCGUACAACUACAUGGACAUCAGUCACGGAGAGGAACGUAGCGUAAAGCAUGGUCUCCUGGACUCUCCUGGACGUGAUGCGCUGGGAGGCUACAUGGACAAGAGCCCAGGGAGAGGUGAGGAGGAAGAGGAGGAGGAGGAUGAAGAGGAAAACCUGGGUCCUGCUUUAGGCUCACACUCCUUCCCUUACGUGGAGGAGCCAUCGGAUGAGGAGAUGUCCGACUACCGCUCGUACAGGAACCUGGGGGGCACACCACAGGCCAGUCCCGUGAAGAUUACCCUGACAGAAUCUAAACCGGCCCAGGCCAAAUUGGAGCCCCAACAGCGUCCUGUCCCAACAAGCACUGCUGACAGUGAGAACAUCCUCAGUGUGGGGGUGAAGGGGGUCCCCACGGUCACCCUGUCAGAGCCGGAGGACGACAGCCCCGCAUCUACUCCUAAUGCAUCACCAACACAUAAAGAGUUCCCAGUGAAACCAGCAGUGGUGUCACACGAUGGCAGCAGUGCAGAGAGCGGAGACUCCGAGAUCGAGUUGGUGUCAGAGGAGACCAACAAAAAAAGCACAAACCCAUUCAGCCAGGCACCCAGGAGCACCCCCAGCCACCCCUCUGACCAUGCCCCAACGCCCCCCAAAGGAGCACUGGGCCUCGGGGGUACCCACACUGCGCCCCCCACCUACAGCAUCCUGAGAGAGGAGAGGGAGGCGGAGCUGGACAGCGACCUCUUCAUCGAGUCUGCGUCUGAGGAGAGCCCCAAAAGAGAGCAGGGUUUUGGAGGUCCCAAACACAUCCCCCAAUCUCCCCUGGUCCCCACCACCACCACACCCCCUCGAGCUGUCGCAGAGUCGGGGCCAGUCCUGUCUGUGAGCGCAGAGAAGCCUAACGUGCAGGUGAAAACUGAGGAGGAGCGUCCCAAAGUGAAACCACCCACGGCUGCCGUAACCCCCGAGGUGAGGGCCGCUGACAAAGCUCCAGCAGCUGAAACACAAAAGGGAGAGGUGCAGAAGACCAACAUCGCUGUCUUCUUCCAAGGAUUCAGCAAACAGAAAGCGAUGGACCUGCUUUACUGGAGGAACGUGAAACAGUCUGGUGCGGUGUUCAGCAGCGUGCUCCUGCUGCUCUUCUCCCUCACACAGUUCAGCGUGGUCAGUGUGGCAGCGUACUUGGCCUUGGCCGCCCUCUCCGCCACCAUCAGCUUCAGGAUCUACAAGUCAGUGCUCCAGGCUGUGCAGAAGACUGACGAGGGACAUCCUUUCAAAGCCUACCUGGAGAUCGAGAUGACUCUGUCCCAGGACCAGAUCAGUAAAUAUGCAGACAAAAUUCUGCUGUACACCAACACCUGUAUGAAGGAGCUGCGCCGCUUGUUCCUUGUGCAAGACCUGGUCGACUCACUGAAGUUUGCUGUUCUGAUGUGGCUUCUCACUUAUGUGGGCGCUCUCUUCAAUGGCCUCACACUUCUCAUCCUCGGAGUGGUUUCCAUGUUCACCAUGCCUGUGGUCUAUGAGAAACAUCAGGCGCAGAUUGAUCAGUAUGUUGGAUUGAUACGGACACAGGUCAAUGGUGUGGUGGGAAAAAUCCAAGCAAAGAUUCCUGGGGCCAAGAGGAAGGAGGAGUAGUGCUGCAUCAGAGAAAAGUCAUCUCUGUGUUAAUCCACUGGACUUCACCUGUCAAUAGCAGUUCCACACUAACACACAAUCACAACUACAUCUGUUUAUACACACAACUUGAGGAUAAAAAGAUAACAUUUGUGUUGCUUAUUAUGACGUGCAUGAAGUCAAGCCUUGGAUAAAAUUGAUCUUUUGUGCAGUUUUUCAUGCUAUAUUUUUGCUUUGAAGUGCUUACCACAGACGGGAAUGUUAGGCCCAGAGCAGCUUAUGUCCAUGCACUCUGAUGCCAACAGAAAAGCUAAAUGUCAACAUAUUUCCAUUUGAUGUUGCCAAGCACAAAAUAACUCAACAAUAAGCGUCUUAUAGAUGUGGUAACUGUAAAGUUUGAUUUUGUAUAUUCAUAAGCAAAAAUACACAUUGUUUUAGGUACUGUUGUACUACUAUGACGACAAGGAGUAUCUGGUGAUAUUUGGCUUGUUUGAAUAACCGUCCAACUUUGUACUAUGUUUAACUAUACUCUGUAGUUCUUCAAGACCCUGGACUCUUUAACUAUUUGCACUUACAGUAUGUAUUUAAUUACUAGAAAAUAAAUGUUCCUAGAUGUAAGUC